AUGACUUGCAAUUUAAUACGCCUUUCUCAGCUUUUGAUCGCUCUCGUGCUUAUCUGCUUUCCAGCCGAACUCCAUAAGCCUUCUUUUUCACAUACCCCUCAUGAGGAGAUUUUAUUUCCACUCGCAGAAUCAUCUCAUACUCAAUUGAGCGAUGAUUUUGGUAAAUUUGCCUCUUCACAUACUGCAGAUAUUGGAACAGAUGGUGUUACAGCGAUUUCUACAACCAGCAACGGGUUCAGCUCAGGUGCAGUCAUUCAGGACUCCAACUCUCGAAAAUCCCAUCAACCUCUAUACUCUAGAAAGUCUCAGCACCCAAAGGACGCUCGCUACUCUUUGCAUUCUCGGAACUCAGAUAACUCAAUUUGUUUGGAACGCUCGCACUCAUCGCCACCUCCCCAGAGGGACUAUUCAAGACAACCAGACUCAUUCUUCCAAAUAAAUCAGUCGUCUGCUCGGGAAAAGAUUUCGCCUCACUUUACUAGUGGCCUUCGUUCAUCUCCAGAAGCGAAUGCCUCGAUUGUUCAUACUGUAUCUGAAACCGAGGAUCUGGCGCGACAAUCUACUACCGAUUUCGAGUCGCAUAUGAGUUUGUGUGCAGCUCCUCAGAGGCAACACCGCUCCUCGCGUAGACAACCUCUCAACGUAGGUACCGAAACACCUAGACCUGCUUCGAUGGACGACUCUCUGACGGAUAUAACACCAAUGCAGAUUAAUGUGAAUGUGAAUCCAGGGCAGCCGUCGGUGCCGAGCACUUCGGGCUCACUCAGAUUGCUACAAGUGGCGGUUGUUGCGACAACGGCCGACCAUGCAGAAGACGCGGGCCCUCCCACAGACGGUGAGGACGAGAGGGCUGAUACCCAACUCUACUUAGAUUCUUACAUCCAGACGGAUCGGCCUAAUAUUAAAUUGAGUAGAAGUUUAAUGGAUCUUUUUUUCAACCUUGCUGCCAUUAAAAAUUCACCACGGUUCCACAACCUCUUCCGUAUGUCAUGUGAGAACUCCAGCCCCUCUCCAAAUGCCGAAUUAGUAACCUCUCAAACAAAGGAGUCACCAGAAGGACUCCAAUGUAUCACAGACCUUCGCCUCUCCUCUCCACAUCUGUUUACUCCUCCAAUUCUCUCCAACUGGGUUUUAAGCCUCACCGAGAAUUUUCAAAUUCCAUCUGCACACGAGGGUCAAGAGACUCUCAACAUUCUCACACUGUACUGCAUCGCGGAAGCAAAUGCAGCCACUCUAGUAUUAUUGUUUCCGGCACUUAUGAACAAAGGCGCCGGCAACGUGGAAGGAGUUUUGGAUUCUCUACUGACUGGAAAGAUUGACCUCGAUUUGGUUUGGAUACGCCUUUUUAGCGUGGUCAACAUGUAUUAG